ACGACCCCUUAAACAUUAAUAUAGGCCUGCAUGCAGGGACGGAGCCAGCCUUCUAUUUGGAGGUUCGGCCGAAUCCCUUUCGACAGAAAAAUAUAUUAUUUAUACAUAAUUAAAAUUAUUUUUUAUGUAGUUAUAGUAGGCGUUGAACACCCUUUGAUUAAAUUUUCUUUGAAUAUAGAAUUCCCUUAAUUGAAAUCCUAAGUUUUGUGUGAAUAUAAAUCCCCUUUGUUGAAAUUCUAGUUCCGCUUCUGGCUGCAACUUUAAUUUUGGCGCCCCCGCCAUAAGCCCUUAGUCACUUUUACCUUUUUCAAUUAUCUAUACAUCAAUUUUUAUAUUUCUAUAAGAAUCUUUCACCUUUUUUCAUCAAUAUUUAUUGCUUUCUAAGUACUCUCAAAAAUUUAUUUAUCUUUUCUCUGAUUUAGUCCUCCCUUUUCUUGAUAUGCUAUGUUGUCCACUAACUCCAUGUUGUAAAUUAUCUUGAUUCAUUAUUAUAUCCCUGUAGUAUUUGGAUCAGCUUUCAUGCAGCUCGAUUAAAUGCAUGAGAUAUUUGUCAUUGCUCAUGAGCAACAAGAUAACAAGUAACUCUGUCCAUGUAAUUUUGUUCAGCAAGGCGAAGAAUCAACUAGUAUUUUUUUUGUCUUUGCUGCGAUUUAAACUUGAGACAGAUUAUCUCAUUUUUUUCUAGUAAACGUGGUGUUCGGAACAGUUUUCAUGCAUCUUGAUUAAAUAUACGAGAUAUUUGUCACCACCCACCGGCAACGAGCUAUAACAAGUAACUUUGUACAUGUAAAUUUGUUAGCAAGGAGAAGAUAUCACCUAGUAUUUUUUUGUCUUUGCUGCGAUUUAAACUUGAGACAGAUUAUCUUCAUAGUUCUUGAUAAUUAUCUUCAUAGUUCUUGAUAAUAGUUGUGUCUGAGUCAACUUUCGUGCACCUCGGGAUACCCACCACCCUCCGUCAGCAACAAGAUAACAGACAACUUUGUCCACGUAACUCUGUUCACCAAAGUUAGAACAGCUGGGAAGACCUACCCUUAUUUUUCUCCAUUUUGUUUGAUCCAUUUUGUGGUAAGGUUCUAGGUAGGGUAUUCUACUUUUUGUUGCUUGAGCCGUUUUCCCUCGUUCCACUCGUCAAGCCCUCUUUGCGAACUGUUUGUACAGUUGAUAUGCCUCCUACGUACUUGCCUCUUCGUUGGGAGAGUACGGGAGACCAAUGGUGGUAUGCUUCACCGAUUGAUUGGGCAGCUGCAAAUGGUCACUAUGAUUUGGUGCGUGAGCUUCUUCGCUUGGAUGGAAAUCACCUUAUCAAGCUCACUUCACUACGUAGGAUCAGGCGGCUUGAGUCUGUCUGGGAUGAUGAAGAACAGUUUGACGAUGUUGCUAGAUGCCGGUUGCAGGUUGCGAGGAAGCUGCUUCUUGAAUGUGAGACCAAGAAAGGGAAAAAUUCCCUACUUAGAGCUGGUUAUGGUGGAUGGCUUUUAUAUACUGCUGCCUCUGCUGGAGACGUGGAUUUUGUUCGAGAAUUGCUCGAAAAAGACCCCCUUUUGGUCUUUGGAGAAGGGGAGUAUGGUGUCACUGACAUAUUGUAUGCUGCUGCUAGGAGUAAAAGUUGCAACGUGUUCAAGAUUUUGUUCGAUUUUGCUAUGUCUCCGAGGUUUGUAGUGCGUGAUGGCAGAGGACUGGAGGAACAGAUCGGGGAGAUUCCAUCUGCUUAUAAGUGGGAGAUGAUGAAUAGAGCUAUUCACGCAGCUGCGAGAGGAGGCAAUCUGAUGAUACUGAAGGAGCUUCUCGCUGACUGCUCUGAUGAUAUAUUGGCUUACAGAGACAUUCACGGUGCAACUCUCUUACAUACGACUGCUGGCAAAGGCCAGGUCGAGGUUGUGAAAUAUCUUAUAAAAAGUUCUGAUAUUAUCGACUCCAUAGACAAUCAAGGAAACACCGCACUUCAUGUGGCUGCUUCGAGGGGCCAGUUAGCUGUCGUUGAAGCUCUAAUUGUUGCUUCACCUUCGUUGGUCUACUCAACAAACAAUGCUGGAGAAACAUUUCUUCAUGUUGCCAUUACUGGUUUCCAAACUCCUUAUUUCCGAAGAUUGGACCAUCAAAUCGAUCUCAUGAAGCAAUUAGUCUGUGGAAAAAUUCCCAACGUUGAAGAGAUCGUUAAUGCUGAAAACAAUGAUGGUAGAACAGCUCUUCAUUUGGCUGUCAUUGGUAAUAUUCAUUCUGAACUCGUGGAGUUACUUAUGACUGUCCGUUAUAUUAAUGUCAACACUCGUGAUAAGGAUGGAAUGACACCGCUUGAUAUCCUGAAGCAACGGCCACGUUCUGCUUCAUCAGAGCUGCUUACGAAGCAGUUGAUCUCUGCCGGGGGGAUUUUUAGCCAUCACGAUUAUUCUGCGAGGAGAGUUGUUGCAUCCCAUUUAAAGAUGCAAAAUAUAAGUAGCAGUCCGGGAACUUCUUUUAGAAUCUCUGACACUGAAAUAUUCUUAUACACGGGCAUCGAGCAUGCACCAGAUUGCAAUAGAAAACCUGAGAUUAGAAGCUCAACUGAGCUGAGUCAUCGCUGCAUGAGUCCCGAUACCUACUGCUCUACAAAUGACAAGAAACCUGGUUCCGCAAAUGAUGCAGCCAAAAAGCUGAAACGCUUCUUCCAUUGGCCGAAAAUUAAAAAAGGAGAUCGUAAGAGGCUCAAGAUAUUGGUGGAUCAGAGUAAUGCAAGUAACUCAGACGUGGCACCAGUCCCUCUACGAGAAAGGUACUCAAAGCCCUCAUCACUUCCGAACCAUAAAAGGACGCUCUCUGCUAGUUGCAACCUUCCAAGUCCGACAGCAAAGAAGAAAUUUGCUUCAGGGCUAGUAAACGGUGUCAUGCAGGCCAUACCACAUCUUAGCCUCCCUCGUAGAUCAUCUCGUGCUAGUUCAUUCUCUAUUUCAUCACUAUCUUCUCGCAGUUCCUUGGACAAACAAAAAGCAACUGUAAUCGACACUGAGCUUGCUGGACCUCCUUGUACUCAUCAGUCGGAGGGUGCACCAUCUGACUCGAUACACAAACAAAGCGCAGGACAUAAAAGGUCGGUGAACCAAUAUUUGUGUUUUGGUGCUUCUGGACGACCUGUCAAGGCCCCUUCAAGUGGGAUGCAGCCAUAUGAAAUCUACGAGCGGUCUGUUCUGUCCACAGCUUGACAAUGUCGGUUAUAUGGACUUCAACAGAUUGCAGGUCAGUCAGCCCUUUUCCGGUUAAUUUUCUCAGUCGAAGCGACCACGAGUGCUCAUGUAUCUCCAGAGCUAUUAUUCAAGAACAAAAUGUAAAUAUGCUUAUAUGUUUGUAGCUGUAACAUAACUCCUUAAUUAGUUGGAUGUAAUAAGAAACUUUUUCUUGAGCUGGUUGAACAAA